ACACAAACUCGCGGUCGACCACAAGCCGCGCUAUCUCCACGUUGGCAAGCGUUCGCGACGUCUGGGGACUCUCCACGAGCCACCUCGCCAGCCGCCGCAACGCCUUGCGCUUCGCCGCCGCACUAGCAGCACGCAAAAGCGACAGCACAAGCAAAGACAAAAUGGCCAUGCUCUACUCGGAACGAGAAAUCAAAGAGGCCCACGAGUCGGGCAUCUGGAGUGUAGCUUGGACGGCUAGAGAUGAAAUCAUCACCGCGUCGAAUGACGAGACGUGCGCGAUCUGGGACGCUAGUACUGGAGCCCAAAAGCACGUCCUGAGGGGCUGCGGCGGCGGCGCCGUGUCCGUCGUGAGCGAUAGGACUGGGAACACCAUCUGCAGUUCGUCUGUCGACUGCCACGUGAAAGUGUGGGACGCGGCAUCUGGUGAAUGCCGAGGCACCAUAAACACGGGAAAAAUUGACGGCCAGGUCGACGCGUGGACGCUGUGUUCCGAUGGGGACCAGGAGCUUGUGUCGGGUUCGAAUCGAGGCGCCGUCAACUGCUGGGAUUUAUCAACCCUACAAAAAACUGCAUCACAUACCAUAGUAGAGGACGACAAAUUCGUCCUGUCUGUUGGGAGACACGAAAACACGAUCGCGGCGGCGACCUACGACGGCCAGCUUUGUAUUGUAGAUAGGAGAAGCGGCUCGGUCACGAAGUUCGAGCAGGACGGACGGGAGGACCCGGUCCGAUCCCUAUGUUUCGUGCGGGACGGCCAUGGCGUGCUGUUUGCGGACGACGGCGGCACGGUGCGCUACUACGAUAGGAGAGUCGACGCGAAGCCUUCCUACAUAUUCUACGUGAACCAGAGCUGGUGCAUGACGGUCCGGGCGUCUCCUGAUGGUACACAUUUUUGUACGGCUGGAGCGGAUAGACUCGUCAAGUUCUGGGAUCUGAACAUGAAGAACGAGAUCGCGCGUAUUGAUGGUCAUACUGAUCAGAUCUGGGAGGUCGCCUACAGUCCGGACGGCUCGCAACUCGCGAGUUGUUCGGACGAUUGCCGGGUCCGCUUCCACGACAAAGAACGCGCCGACAUUGAGUUAAAACGCGACGCCGAGGAGGCCGCCGCGGCCCGACAGGCGCACCAGGCCGCGCCGGCGCCGGCAGAAGGAUUAGACGGCGCCGACGUGUCGUCGUUGCCGCCGGCGCCUCCAUCGAGCUUCCUGCGCGAGGCGGCGAAGUGGGCGACGGUCGAGUAGGGCUUCCUUUUAGUU